CAACACUACUAUAUAACAAAUAAUUUGAGCAAUGUAUGUUCAUUAGUAGACUAAGAACAACCGCAAGUCAUUACAUAAAGACUCAAUUCAUUUGGAAAGCAGUGAGAGGGAUGUCUACUGAAAUAACUGGAGAAAUGGCUGAAAUGCAGAUAGAAAAGAAAGAACAGGCCGUUAACCAGAAAGGCAAUCAAAAGGGAAAUAAGAAGAAGGAGAAAAAGAAAGGAGGCGGCGGCGGUGGUGGUGGUGGCGGAGGAGUUGGUACUGGGGAAAUGUCACCAUGGCCUAGCUACAUACAAGAGAGAAUAACACUGUUCGACAAACUCCACUCUGAAUACGAAGAGUACCUCAGUACCAGGGAGAGAAAACCAAUCAAAGUCACGUUACCAGAUGGAAAAGAAGUAGAAGGAGAAAGUUGGACCACCACGCCAUUUGACAUAGCCAAUGGGAUCAGUGCUGGAUUGGCACAGAACAGCGUAAUUAGCAAGGUAAACGGAGUGCUAUGGGACUUAGACCGACCUCUGGAAGGAGACUGUAAUAUUGAACUCCUUAACUUCUCCUCAAAAGAAGGAAAAGAAGUGUUCUGGCACAGCACAGCCCAUAUCCUAGGAGAGGCUAUGGAGAGGAGAUACGGAGGAUGUCUUUGUUACGGUCCUCCAAUUGAGAGCGGAUUUUACUACGACAUGCAUAUGGGAGAGGAUGCUGUUUGUGAGGCUGAUUACGCUGGACUAGAAACUAUAAUGAAGGGCAUUGUAAAAGAGAAACAACCAUUUCAACGAUUGGAAAUUACCAAGGAGGACUUGCUAGAGAUGUUCAAGUAUAACGAGUACAAAGUUAGGAUAAUAAAAAACAAGGUCCAAACCCCCACCACCACCGUGUACAGAUGUGGUCCUCUGAUUGACCUGUGUCGUGGUCCUCAUGUUAGGAACACCGGCAAGAUCAAAACUCUCAAGGUAACGAAGAAUUCCUCCACCUACUGGGAGGGAAACGCAGAGGCGGAGUCCCUGCAACGUAUCUACGGUAUUUCCUUCCCUGAUAACAAGCUUAUGAAGGAGUGGAAGAUAUUCCAGGAGGAGGCCGCUAAACGCGAUCACAGAAAGAUUGGUUUACAACAAGAGCUAUUUUUCUUCCACGAACUAAGUGCUGGUUCGUGCUUCUGGUUACCCAAAGGUACAAUCAUCUUCAACACGCUGCAGAAAUGGAUUCAGAGUGAAUACCUGAAGAGAGGGUUCACGGAGGUGGUUACUCCCAAUAUGUACAAUACUAAAUUGUGGGAACUCUCCGGUCAUUGGCAGCACUAUGCUGAGAACAUGUUUACUUUUGACGUGGAAAAGGAGAAGUUCGCACUGAAGCCCCAGAACUGCCCCGGUCACUGCAUCAUGUUCGACCAUCGGCCCAGAUCUUGGAGAGAACUGCCUGUCAGACUAGCCGAUUUUGGAGUAUUGCACAGGAACGAGUUAUCCGGUGCACUGUCAGGACUGACGCGUGUGAGGCGCUUCCAGCAAGACGACGCGCACAUCUUCUGUACAACCGACCAGAUUGUUGACGAGAUCAGAGGAUGUCUUGAAUUCAUGCAGGCUAUAUAUUCAGUUCUAGGAUUCACGUACGAACUGGAGUUGUCUACCCGGCCGGACAAGUAUCUGGGAGAGAUAGAGGUUUGGGAGGAUGCGGAGAGUAGACUGAAACAGGCUUUGGACGAGUUCGGGGCUCCUUGGAAACUUAACCCCGCUGACGGUGCAUUUUACGGCCCCAAGAUUGACAUUAUUGUAAGCGACGCACUACUAAGGGCCCACCAGUGUGCUACCAUUCAGCUAGACUUCCAGCUCCCUCUAAGGUUUGAGCUGACGUAUAACGCCCCUGACGGCACGGAGAAACGACCAGUUAUUGUACACAGGGCUAUACUGGGUUCUAUUGAGAGGAUGACCGGUAUUCUGACCGAGCACUUUGCUGGAAAGUGGCCUUUCUGGCUCUCACCUAGACAGGUGAUGGUGGUACCAGUAAUGCCCAUGUUUAACGACUAUGCUAUAGAACUACAGAAGGAACUGAAGCUUCAAGGAAUCGAAAUAGACACUGAUCUCGACGAUGGAUCGACUCUGAAUAAGAAGGUCCGGAAUGCUCAGUUAGCUCAAUACAACUUUAUCUUCGUAAUCGGUGAAAAAGAAAAGACCUCUGGUACAGUGAACGUACGUACUCGUGAUAACGUAGUUCACGGAGAGUUCAGUGUGGAGGAUAUCACUGAGAAACUGAUACGAUUACGGGAUAGCAAGUCUAAUGAGGACAAACUCGAGUAGCGUUGUAAUGUGACGUCAUCAGCGGUUCUGUGACGUCAUCAGCGGUUCUGUGACGUCAUCAGCGGUUCUGUGACGUCAUCAGCGGUUCUGUGACGUCAUCAGUGAUUCUGUGACGUAUUCAGUGAUUCUGUGACGUCAUCAGUGAUUCUGUGACGUCUUCAGUGUAUCUGUGACGUCGACGUCCAGAGACCAGACGCGAUUUGCGAUCUUGUUUUAUUUUUCUUAUGUUUAGGUCUAUUAUUUAGUUUUAUUUGACCCUCCGAAAA